CAUCAUUACAAUCCAGCGCAAGUUUGACGCAGUGAUAUGAGCUUUCGGUCUGAUCAUCAUCAGGAGCUGGUUCUCUCUCUCUCUCUCUCUCUCUCUCUCUCUCUCUCUCUCUCUCUCUCUCUCUCGUAUAGUUUUAACAGACAUAAAACAAGAUUAUCUUUUUCAGGUAUUUCCCUUAGAUAAGUUUUGAUGGUGAUCCACAUCGGACAUCAGGCUAAACGGUGAUGGCAGACUCUGAUGCGCAAGAGACUCGCCAACCUGCAAAAGACUCUCCCUUCUCCAUAAAGAACCUGCUAAACAUCGAAGACAAACCCACAAAGCCCAAAAGUUUCCUCGGCUCAUCCAAAGCAGUGUUUGAAGCCAGCUUCUUCUCUCGGUUUGGUGACUUGUCUUUCCCUCGAUUUGAGUUGCCCACACAGAGAAUUGGACUAUCAGCGCAAUAUUUGGAGAGAGCGUCUACCUGGUGGUACCCAUACUCGCUCGGGACUCAUCUGAGGACUGGAGGGUCUGAGAAGGCCAACCUGAGGGAAGCAUCACCGGCACCGGACAGGCGCUCACCGGAUCUCCAAAAAAGUGACCAAGAUGCCAGAGAGGAAAGUGCCGAUGACGAUGUCGCGCUGGAGGAAAGCGACUCGGAAGAGCCAAAGAAAGAAAAAGACCAGGAGGACGACUGGAGGAGGAAAACGGACGAGCUGGACUCCGAGAGGAAGCCCUGUCGGAAGAAGAAGACGCGCACAGUGUUUUCUAGGAGUCAGGUAUUCCAGCUCGAGUCCACCUUCGACAUAAAGCGCUACCUAAGCAGCUCGGAGAGGGCCGGCCUGGCCGCGUCCCUGCACCUGACAGAGACGCAGGUCAAAAUCUGGUUUCAGAACCGGAGGAAUAAGUGGAAAAGGCAGCUGGCCGCGGAGCUGGAGGCGGCCAACCUGAGCCAUGCGGCGGCGCAGAGGAUUGUGCGGGUUCCCAUACUUUACCACGAGAACGGAGCCCCAGAAACGGCCGGGGGCCCCGUUGCAAACUCACCGGGCAGCCAGUCACUCCUGUCUUUUCCCCACCACAUGUACUAUUCCCACCCGGUCCCACUGCUGAGGCCUGUUUAACACUGACUGUGUCAUGAUGCGCUGUACAUACUGUAUGUUUUUAAAUGAGAGUGACCUUCAAGAAUAACAUUUUGUAAAUUUUGUAGAUUCAAUGGACACAAUGUUACACACAUUAUUAUUAUUAUUAUUAUUAUUAUUAUUAUUAUUAUUAUUAUUAUUAUUAUUAUUAUUAUUAUUAUAUAAUCAUCCUUUAUCCUGCUGAAGCGUCUUGAGCAAGUCACUAUUACGGCUCCAAUUGGUGUUACAGGAGGGACAAAGAAAUUAUUAUUAUUAUUGGUGAAAUUGUUAUAUGCUCAAAAGUGGGUGAAUAUAUUUAAAUGUAUUCAAAAAAUAACUUGUUUUGAACAGGGUUGACUGUCCAUAUGUAUUUUACAGAGAUUUGUGUCAGUGUUUGUAGCAAAACGUGGAAUUUGAUUUUUUGAUAUUUUCCAAUAUUGUGCAAUAAUGUUGGCUUCACAUUAGGCUACCAGCCUUUGUCACCUAAAGUUCACUUUUUCAGAGAAAAAAAAAAAAAAAUGUCUCUUUGUAAUAGUGAGGACAAUCAUGUGAUCCUUCAAAACAAUCCCCUAAAAACUCCAGGUGUUUUGCCGGUAAUUUAAAAGCCAUACAAGAGCCAAAAAUAGCCUCUGUUUUUGUGUAUGUUUUUUCUCUGAUGUUGUUAUUGGAAUUAUGUAUAUCAUUAUGGUCUUACACUCAGUAAAGAUUUUGUUCCAAAAAGAAA